AUGAAUAGAAGAUUUCGAUGUGGUCAUUUGGUUUUAACUAGAGAUGGUACAAUAAAAAAACUUGAACUUGAAGAUGGUGGUGGUAGUCGUUUUUGUAAUUGGGAUCCAAUUGAUAUGGAUUUUAAUAGUAUUCAUCGUAAUCUUAUUGACAUUUUUAAAUUAGAAGGAAGUAAAUUAAAAACAUCAUUAUAUGAUUUUCGACAUCAGCCGUUAGAUAUUAAUCAAUAUCACUCAUUUUUCGAAUAUGUUAAUAAAAAUGGACUUAAUUGUAACAGCACUAUUAUAUAUCUAUGUACGCAUCAAGCUGAUGAUAAUGAUAAUCAAAUGAUGAUAUUGAAGAAAAGUAAAGAAACACCUGCAAUUUCACCAUCAUCACCAUCAUUAUCAAUAUCAUAUUCAUUAAAUCCACAACAAAAAAUAUCUAUUUUUCCAGGAGCUAUAUCUUCAAUAACAUCUAUUGAAAAUAAACAUGUUGAUAAAUAUGAAGAUAAAUUUGAUCAAAAACAAACUUAUCAAUCUUAUGUAUAUUCAUUUGAAAAAGCCAAUAAUGAUUUAGUCAAAAAUAUGCGAAUCUUUAUUAGUCAACAUAGUUUUGAUCAAAUUUUGAUUCAACUCUUUGAAUAUAUUUGUAUUAUUAAGGGUUAUGUUAAUUCAGUUAUUCAACCAUUAAAUCAACAAAUACAACAUUUUAUUCAAAAUUUUCAAUUAUAUAAACAAUUCGAAAUCAAUUUGUAUUCAAAUAGUUUAAAUGAAGUUUCUAAUAUUUGUCAAUCUGUGGAAACAUUGAUUAAAUUAAAUAAGAAAAAAUUUGAUUAUAUUCAACAAUUUUCAAUGAUUAUUAAUUCAUUCUUUGAAUUUUAUGAAAAUUUAAAGGUAUUUCGAUGUUUUAAGUAA